AUGGAAUCGCAUGAGAGCGUCUUCAUGAAAGUCGAAGCCGCGGAGAAUCUCAUACUCAGGUGGGACUCCUCCGCAUCCGAGGAGGCCAGGGAAAGAAUGAUCUUUGAUGGUGGCAAUCGUCAGGAAACCGACCGUUACUUGAGGGCGGUCGACGAAAUCCAACGGUCUAUGGAAUCCGUUUCUGUAUCCGGAGAUACAUUUUCCGGUGGUGGUGGCGACCCCGGCAAGGCUAAUGGUGCCAUCCAAAUUGCCAUGGCUCAUCUUGAAGAUGGAUUCCGUAACAUCCUCAUCAUCCAUACCAACCCAAUUGAUUUCGACUCAGUCCUCCACUCCAAUUCUUUUUCAACCCUCUCAAGCAGCUCUAGAACGUCUGACGGCGGCGCCUGCGAUUUUGAUGUUGAUGAUCUCUACCCAGUAAAUGAUGGAGGAGGAGGAAGUGGACGACGCAGCAGCAGCAGAGAAGAGGAACUGCAAGAGGGAGAAGGAAGUACUAGCAACAGCGGGGAUCGUACUCCAAGCUACCGUUCCACUAACAGUAUCCGUGAGAUCGAUUUGAUCCCAUCCGAAGCCAUCUACGACCUCCGUAGCAUCGCUGAGAGGAUGGUCACUGCUGGGUACUUGCGUGAGUGCAUUCAGGUAUACGGAAGUGUCCGCAAAUCCGCUGUAGACGCUAGCUUUCGCCGCCUCGGCAUCGAAAAGCUCAGCAUCGGCGACAUCCAGAGGCUGGAGUGGGAUGCUCUGGAGUCCAAGAUCAGGCGCUGGAUACGCGCUGCGAAGGUCUGCGUUCGUAUCCUCUUUGCGAGUGAGAAACUUCUCUGCGAGCAGAUCUUCAACGGCAUCGGCUCCGCCGCAGACGACGCCUGUUUCAUGGAGACCGUCAAGGGUCCCGCCGUCCAGCUCUUUAACUUUGCCGACGCCAUCAGCAUCAGCCGCCGAUCACCGGAGAAGCUCUUCAAGAUGCUCGACCUCUACGAUGCCCUGUCCGACCUCUUGCCGGAUAUCGACGCCGUGUUCAAUUCCAAGUCAUCCGAGUCCGUCCGAGUCCAGGCAGCCGAGAUACUAUCACGGCUCGUCGAGGCCGUCAGAGGGAUACUGUCGGAAUUCGAGAACGCCGUGCAACGCGAGACCUCCAAGAUUCCGGUUCCAGGCGGGACAAUUCACCCCUUGACGAGGUACGUGAUGAAUUAUAUUAAUCUCAUCUCUGAUUACAAGCAAACCCUUCUCGACCUCAUUGUGUCAAUACCUUCCACUGCCUCACGCUACUCCGAUGAUCCCUCGACGCCGGAUUUGGAGUUUCCGGAGCCAGAGAACCGAUCUCCGCUGGCCCUUCAUCUGGUUUGGAUCAUUGUAAUUCUGGAAUCGAAUUUAGAGGGGAAGUCCAAGCUCUACAAAGAUAGCUCCUUGGCUCACCUUUUCCUCAUGAACAACGUUCACUACAUCGUUCAGAAAGUCAAAAGAUCGCCUGAGCUCCAGGAGAUGAUUGGGGAUGACUACCUGAGGAAGCUAAUGGGGAAAUUCAGGCAGGCAGCGACGAGCUACCAGAGGUCGACAUGGGUGAGGAUCCUCCACAGCCUGAGAGACGAGGGGCUACAUGUAAGUGGGAGCUUCUCGUCGGGGGUUUCGAAGACCGCUUUGAGGGAAAGGUUCAAGACCUUCAAUGCCAUGUUUGAAGAGGUUCACCGGACUCAGGCCACAUGGUUGGUACCCGAUCCUCAGCUGCGUGAGGAGCUCCGCAUAUCCAUGUCGGAGAAGAUCAUACCGGCUUACCGGUCCUUUCUAGGUCGGUUCAGAAGCCAUAUAGAGAGCGGGAAGCACCCAGAGAUGUACAUCAAGUACUCGGUAGAGGAUCUCGAGACUGCUGUCUUGGAUUUCUUCGAGGGUUUCCCAAUUUCCCAACACCCUAAAAGGAGGUCACAGUGAAGGAAUGAAUGGAUUCAGUUAGCUAAACGCUUGAUUGUUGCUGUUUAGAACCUAGGAAAUAUUCUUUUAAUUUUUGGGAGUAUAUAGGCAAUCGGAUUCCGGCCAACCAAAAUUGGGUUUUGUUUGAUUUCUUUGGAGAACCUGAUUGAAUUCAGUCUCAGAUGAUUUUCAGCGAAUUGUGAGAGAGACAGGAAUUGGGAAAAUCGGGUGGUGCUCUCGAGAGUCCAGAGUAGCCAGAGACCUAUGCCCAAAUACUUCUGCCCUGUAAGAAAAUUGUUUCAUUUUGUUACUCCAUUCUAAAUUUUAUUUCAUUUGUUCA